CACCGCCGCACAAGCGCCACACUCAAAAUCCCACCCUAAUUAUUUCUUAACGUGUUAUCUUCUACUUUAACGCAACAAGUCCAGGGUCUAUAACGCUCGAAACAGCAAAACACGUCUGUAUUAAUUAUGCCAAUAAAUCAUUAGCAGCUCUGCAGCGAACUUUAGCUGUAAUUGAGUGUUUUUUCAGUCCCGCGUUGCUCUGAUCGACAGGAGCCGCAGUGAAAAUGGUCCCCCAUCUAAAGAUCAGAAACGCUUGCUCGAAUGUGCCUCAUGUUGUCUUCGCCUCGCUCAUCGCUGCAGUGUGUGUAAGCGUGGGGUUUAGCGGGAGUGCAGAGCUCGAUGCGGGGAAAUGUGUGGUUUGGGGACCUGGACUGAGUCCUGCUGCUGUACUUCCGGUCAGAUAUUUCUACAUCCAGAGCGUGGACUCAGAGGGACGCAACAUCAGCGUGUCUCCCGCUGCAGACUCGUUCAGAGUGAAGAUAUCGUCUCUGGAGCAGCAGUAUGUUCGUGUUCAUGUCCCAGCUCCUUUAGAUCGAGGCGACGGCUCUCUUCUGGUCAGAUACAGACUCUACGGAAGCUCCUCGAGGGGUCUAAAGAUUGAAGUCUUGUAUCAAGACAGGCCUGUGGCAGACUCUCCAUACACUCUUAGGGGUCCGGUGUAUCACGAGUACUGUGUGUGUCCCGAGCGGGAUCCGCGCGUCUGGAGCAGCGCUCUGCAGUGUCCCGAGCAGGAGCCGCAGAUCCAGCAGGACUUCAUCUCCUUCCCCUCCAUCGACCUGCAGCGGCUCCAGCAGGAGGUUCCUCAGCGCUUCUCCAGACGAGGAGGACUCGUUCACUACAGCCUGAUCAAUAACCAGCUGCAUCGCCGCUCGCUGGGCCAGUACACCGACUUCAAGAUGUUCUCCGACGAGAUGCUGCUCUCCCUCGCUCGCAAAGUGAGAUUACCGGAUGUGGAGUUUUAUAUUAACGUAGGAGACUGGCCGAUGGAGAACCGGAAGGCGGGAGACAAACCCGGCCCGGUGCCCAUCAUCUCGUGGUGCGGCUCCACGGACACGCGUGACAUCAUCCUCCCCACGUAUGACAUCACACACUCGUGUCUAGAGGCCAUGAGAGGCGUCACCAGUGACCUGCUGUCGGUGCAGGGGAACACAGGUCCUGUGUGGUCAGAUAAAACGGAGAAGGCGUUCUUCAGAGGCCGGGACAGUCGAGAGGAGCGCCUGCGUCUGGUAACAAUGUCCAAAGAAAAUCCAGAGCUGCUCGACGCGGGAAUAACUGCAUAUUUCUUCUUUCGCGACCGGGAGAAGGAUCUAGGAAAAGCACCGCUGGUGGGAUUCUUUGACUUCUUUAAGUACAAGUACCAGGUGAACGUGGACGGGACGGUAGCGGCCUACAGGUUUCCGUACCUGAUGCUGGGGGACAGCUUGGUCUUCAAGCAGGACUCGCCGUACUACGAGCACUUUUACACGCAUCUGGAAGCAGGUGUGCACUACAUCCCUGUGAAGAGAGACCUGUCUGACCUCCUCCAGAAGAUCCGAUGGGCUCAGAAGAAUGACACAAAAGCAGAGGCUAUAGCGAAGAGCGGACAGUCGCUGGUGAGAGAUGUGCUUCAGCCUCACAGACUCUACUGCUAUUACUACAGCGUACUUCAGACGUACGCAGCUCGUCAGAGCACUCGGCCUGCGGUUCAUCCCGACAUGGAGCUGGUUCCUCAGCCGUCUGAUCACAGCGCUCUGUGUGACUGCCACAGAUCUCCAGAGGAGCAGAAGAACGAGCUCUGAGAACAGCUGCCUUCCCAAAACUCAUUCAGUGACACCCAAUCAGAAUCAAGCAGGUCUGCUGGGAGUGACAUGUUUAACAGAGAAUUAUGUGCAUUAAUCCCACUGUUUUAAAUGAUGCUCUUUUGUUUUUCUCAUUUUUACUUUUCCU